GGUGUUGGGAGCCCGUGUGGGUGUUUGGUGGUUGGCUAGCAGGAGGGAAGGAAGUGCCGCCGCCUUGCUUGGUCCAAAUUUCACUUUGCUCCAUCAGGGAGGCUGAGAGGCGGCGGCGGCAUCAUCACCAUGAAGAGUCUCAAAUCUCGCCUGAAGAAGCAGGAAGUGGCGGUGGGGGGAGGCGCCGGGGGCGCGUUGACUGCGGACUGGAACAAAUACGAUGAUCGACUAAUGAAAGCAGCUGAAAGGGGUGAUGUGGAGAAGAUCUCUUCUAUCCUUGCCAAAAAGGGAGUGAACCCCACCAAGCUAGAUGUAGAAGGGAGAUCUGUAUUUCAUGUAGUGGCCUCCAAAGGAAACCUUGACUGUUUGAAUGCCAUUCUCAUACAUGGAGUUGACAUUGUGGCUACUGAUGCAGCAGGACGGAAUGCUCUGCACCUAGCUGCGAAAUAUGGGCAUGCACUUUGUCUACAAAAACUGUUGCAGUACAACUGCCCUACAGAAAACAUGGAUCUGCAGGGUCGUACAGCUCUUCAUGAUGCAGCAAUGUCAGAUUGUUCAUCCAGUGUACAAUUGCUAUGUGACCAUGGAGCCUUGGUGAAUGCCAAAGAUGCAGAUGGGAGGACACCACUGGUGCUGGCCACUCAGAUGUGCCGUCCAACUAUAUGUCAACUUCUGCUAGACAGAGGUGCUGAUGUCAAUGCAAGAGACAAACAGAACCGGACUGCCCUGAUGUUAGGCUGUGAAUAUGGCUGCAAGGAUGCUGUGGAAGUUUUGCUGAAAAAUGGUGCAGAUGUCAAUUUGGUUGAUGCCCUUGGCCACGACUGCUCUUACUAUGCACGGAUUGGUGACAGUGUUGAGAUCUUGGCUUUGCUAAAGCCUACCAUUGAUGAGUCCAACAAAGCAAGUUAUGAAGUUAUGAAAAAGGGGCAGCCUUUACUACUAAAGGUAACCUGCAUGCGGCCAAAAUGGAGUGAGCCAAAUAUUUCAGAAGAAGGAAGUUGUAAGCCAUGUUGGAAGGAACAUGGGAAUGUUCAGGAACUAGAAAGUGAAAAUGAAAAUUUAAAAGGGAAACUGAGAGAUAUCCAACAGGAACAUGGACUCCUAGUAGAUAGAAUAAGUGAGCUGCAGUUACAGCUGAAUGAGGAGCAAAUGAUUACUGAUGAUCUUGAAAGUGAGAAGGCUGAUCUCAAGAGGCUUUUGGCAGCAAAGGAAAAGCAGCAGGAGGAAAGCUUGCGAACACUUGAAGGUCUAAAAUCAAAGCUGAGAUUCUAUGAGCAUGACCACACAGGAUCUGGAAACAUUUUUGGUAACAGGAAAGAAGAUGGUUUGCUUCUGUAUUCUGCAGAAUCACAGCAUAUGCCUGGUUCAGUGCAAGCUCUCCACAAAAGUAGAUCAAUGAUGAGACCUUUGGAACUUUUGAGUCCCAGUUCAUCUUCUGCCUCUGAGGUGGAGAUUCUCAAGCAAGAAUUAAGCAACAUGAGGAGCUGCUAUGAAACAGCCAGAGGUGACAUAAGCAAGCUUCAGCUGGAGUUGUCACACAAAGCAGCUGAAUGUGAAGCGUUGAUGACUGAAUACGAGAAGACAAAGAAAGAAUCUGACCAGCAGAUAAAGCAAUUGGAAGAUGCAUUAAAAGAUGUACAGAAAAGAAUGUUUGACUCAGAGGGCAAAGUUAAGCAGAUGCAGACACACUUUCUUGCAUUGAAGGAUCACCUAACAAAUGAAGUAGCUGUAACCAACAGUAAACUGCCUGAGGAGCUGAAGGAUCAGUUGAAAGACAUGAAAGCAAAAUAUGAGGGUGCUUCUGCUGAAGUAGGCAAGUUGAGGAACCAGUUAAAGCAGAAUGAGUUGUUGGUAGAAGAGUUCAGGAGAGAUGAAGCACAACUAGUGGAGGAAAACAAAAAGCUUCAGAAGGAACUUGGCAUGUUGAAGAUAGAACGUGAUAAAAGGAAGAGGAUGGGCUCUGAGACGGAAGGCCAGCUCAAGGAAAUGGCAGCAAAGUUUGCUGACAAAUAUGAAAAGAUGAAGAGUUCAUUAUCCAGUGAAGUUGAAGAAAAGGCCUGGAAGAUAACAGAGCUGGAGAAGGAAUGUAAUAAACUACACACAGAAGCUCAGCAGUUAAAGGUAGAACUUGAAAGUCAGGGGGCUCAGUUUUCCCAGUAUAUAAAGCCGGAGGAGCAUAGAUUUAUGAAGAGCAGGUAUGAGCAAAGAAGCAAAGAUCUUGAGAGAUCUUAUUCAGAGAUGAAACAGACAAAUCAGACACUGCAGAAGGAGAUAGAAAGGUCUUGUGCAGAUAACAGCUUGCUAAAGAAGCAAAUAGACACCCUCAAGAGUGAGAUACAAAUACAGUAUGUGCCUUUGAAAGUCAAUGAAGACAUGAAAAAAGCAAGUGACUUAAUGAUUCAAGAGCUGAACAUAAAGCUCAUAGAAAUCACUGAAAAGUAUCACAAGUACAAAGGAGAAACAGAGAAGCUGCUGGAGGAAGAGGCUUCCUUAAGAGAAACCAUUAGUCACUUUCAGGCUGUUUAUGUCCCAUUAGAAAAGUAUGAGGAGGAAACAGGGGCCUUAAAAUCUACUGUAGCUAACCUGAGAAGGCAGCUGGCUGAACUUGGCCAAAAAUACAAGGAGGAGCAAGCCAAGUCAUUUGAACUUCAGUCUAAAAAUUCAGUUCUUAAAGAUGUCAUGAAAAAGCAGUAUGUACCUGUUGAUACUCAUGAGGAGACCAAAGCUUCAUUAAACAGCAUGCUGGAGAAAACAGACCAAGAGUUAUUGGAUUUGAAGGGAAAAAUGGAAGAUGUUAAACAGAAGUUUGUUGAAGUAAGUGAAGAAAAUGGGGCAUUAAAAAGAAAACUGAGAGCCCUGCAGAGCCAGAUGCAGUGUGAAUUUAUAAGCAUGGGAAAUCAUGACAAGAAGGUUGCUGCUUUGAAGGAAACCAUUCAGGAGCUCCAGGAAAAAAAUUCUGAAAUGCUGUUAAAAUAUCAGCUAAAUCAAGAAGAGGUUACACAGUUGCAUGCUGAGAUUGAAGCCCAGAAAACAGAGCUUGACAUGAUUCAGGAAUGCAUCACAUCAAAAUAUGCUCCCCUCUCCAGUUUUGAUGAGAGAGAAGGAAACUUUGAGGCCACAGUAAAAGGGCUGAAAAACCAGUUGCUGGAACGAGAGGAGCAGCUGGCUAGAAAAGAAGAGGAAAUAAAGAAAUUGAGUGAGGAAAAUGAGAAGCUAAAGACUAGGCUCCAGGGUAUCCAAAAUGAUCUGCAGCAGAAUUACAUCCUUGCAGAAAAGUCACAUGACAUGGAAAGGAUGUUUGCCAGAAAGAUGGAUGAUCUGAACAAACAGUUGAGAGAGCUGCAGCAAAAGUUCUCAGAGAUCAAAUGUGAAAAGGAAAGGCUUCUAGAAGAGAGUGCCAGACAGCAGUCAGAGGCACUGAAUGUGCAGAGCCAACAUGAUCUAAUGGAGGAGUUUGAAGCCUUAAAAAGGAGGUUUAGCUCCACCACUGAGGAGCUGAAAGGAAAGGUGAGCAGCAAGACAGCAAGUUGGCAGCAAGAACGCCAGAAAGUACAAGAACUUCAGUACGAGUUAGCUCAUCUAAAAGCAACUACAGUGCCUUUGGUAGAGUACACUCAAAUAAAAGAAAGGUUAGAAAAAGAAACGGCAACUUUGAAAGCCAGCUUGAGAGAAAAGGAGGGAGAAUAUCAAGCAAGAAGUGAAGAGGUUUCAAAACUGCAAGCUGAAAUCCAGAGCACAAAGCAAUUAUUAAAGGAACUAGAAGGCAGAGAAGUGGUUGAGAUGUCUGAACACAAGUUGGUGACAAGCAAGCUAGAAGACCAGGUUCACAGCAUGGAAGAGAAGCUGACUGAAUUGAAUAAGAGGUUUGAGGGGAUGUGUGAUAAGGCUUCACAGGUGAACAUGGCGGAGAAACCUGUAAAAGAGGAGGAGCUGCUUGAGCCAAGAAGCUUUAGCAUCGAGCAAGAAAUCAAAGAUCAAAAAGAGAGAUGUGACAAGUCUCUUAGCACAAUUGCAGAACUUCAGAGGAGAAUCCAGGAGUCUGCAAAGCAGGUGGAAGCAAAAGACAACAAGAUCACUGAGUUACUUAAUGAUGUGGAACGGCUAAAACAGGCCCUUAAUGGUCUCUCUCACCUUACAUACAAUGGCGGUGUUCCUGUAAAGAGGCAGAACCAACCAACUGAAAUACUUCAGGACCAGGUGAAGACCUUGGAACAACAGCUAGCUGAUGCUGAGAGGCAGCACCAGGAGGUCAUCUCGAUAUAUCGAACACACCUUCUUAGUGCGGUUCAGGGUCAUAUGGAUGAAGAUGUUCAAGCAGCCUUACUCCAGAUCAUCCGUAUGCGUCAGGGGCUUGUUUGCUAGUGUAAUCAAUUUUGUAGUCAAACUGCUGAGAUUGCAGUAGUGUGAACUAAUCUUGCAGGGCUUCUUUUACAUUAGGUUUGUGAUGCUUCUCUCCAGAAUGUGGGAAUAAAAAUAUUCACACAAGCCAGUUUUUAACAAGGCAAAAGGACUAUUGUUUGCCUGCAAGACUUACGAUCUGAAAGAUAAAUCUGUUUUUGAUUUACUGGUUGACAAAGUGAUGACAAAAGCAAAGCAAUUCAGAAUGUUAAAUUGACAAUAUUAACAUAAUAUUAAAAAUAAUAUUUGCUCUCCUGAACAAAUCAUGUUCAUCUCAUAGCAAAAUACAAAGUAGGAACAGAGGCACAAGCCCUGAAACAAAGCCACUGUGGCCUAAUUAUUAUACUUGUGCCUUUUUCAGAAUGGAAUUUUUUUAUGAUGGCUUAUGCAGGAGCUGUGCCACACUGAAUGUAUCUUUAAGAUGUAUUAGGCAGACAGUACCUACAAAUGGCUCCUUAGAAGGUCAGACAGUAUAACUGUGGCUUGGCUGGCCAAGUUGCAUCUUUUGUGUAAUUUUAAGGAACUCUACCUUUUUAUUGCUAUUUUCAUGACAGAAAAUUUCACUGGACACUACUUUGUUUUUAACAACUGAUAUUUUUUCAUAGAUUUUGAAAAAGUUACUGAUUUACCGUUAAUUGUAGAAACAGCAGAAUUGGGAUAGAUGUGAGUGGAAAGCUGUUACUUUGAAAAACAGCAUCCAAUUAUUUUUGGUAAGUCUGCUUUUUUAAAAAAAAUGAAAACAACACUUUUUAACAGAAAGAUUAAAGUAGGAGAAAAAUACAAAAGCAGAAGUUGGAACAGAGUAGAAAACCCCACUAUGGAAAAUAUUUUCAGGAACAAGGAAAAUAAUACAUAAAGCACUUCAGCUUAUAGGAGGCUUAAGGAGUUCAUAAUAACAUGGUUUAUAUUGUUUGGCUUGGAUGUAGACUGGAAAUGGGUGAUGGGAGAAAGAUGUAUUCUUACUAGUUGCUUGCUUAAAGGGUGUAACUUCAUCAGGUCUGGUACCAAGGGGCAAGGAAACAUCUCCUGGAAUCGUAACACUGGCAGCAGAUGCUCCAUAAUCUAGGAGCAAGUGUAUCUGUAUUAAAGGAGGGUGACUCAUGAAAUUUUGAGAUGAGACAUUGCAUCACCCACAUCCUGUUUCAUGAGCUGUUCUUAAUGCACUGAUUCCUGCAUGAACUGUGGCCAGUUCUUUGAACAAUUCUUAUAAGAACUCCAGCCAGCGAUCUGGCAUUACUACACUGAGUAGCUGCCGCCGCCACCCAGCAGGGCACAGGUCUCUCUGAAAAUUGUUCUUGUGAAAAAAAAAUUCAGUGGGGCAACAUGGUAGGGAUUGGGCCCUGAGGGGGUUGUAUUAUGUCACAACCUUACUCAGUGACUCCAAAUUUCACUUAAAGAACUUUAUGAGUUGGAUUUAUGUUAUUUGGCCAAUAGCAAAUACCCUUUCUUCAGUUUUAAAUACUAUGCCCUAUAAUUUAUGUACAUCAUGAUAGCUUAUAUUUAUGCAGGACAGAUGUAAAGGUAGGGUGAAAUAAUUAACUUGUUUUAGUGUGUUUGCUUAUAUGAAUAAGCAGUACAAGAGUUGGUAGAUGUUUUGGGAUUUUCUGAUUUUUAAAAAAGUAAAUGUGCAUUAAUUACAGCAACUAGAAGCCGUGUAAUCCUUGGUUUUACGACAAGAAUGUUAAAUGGAAUCCACCUGAAAAAUCGAUUUUGCCCAGUUUGUGCAUACAUGUGCAUUUCCAUUGAUUGAUAUCAAUAUAGGCGUAUAGAGAUAACAGCUUGAUCUGCACAGUGACCCAUUGGGCAAAAUUCAGCAUAAGUUCCCUUGAUUUUAAUGAGUCCACUCUAGCUGGAACUAAAACUGAAUUCAACUGAUUCUCAUUAGAUGUUUGCAGCUAGAGAUGGACUUUGAUCUUCAUGCUUUUUGAUAUGUUAUUUGCAAGUUGAGGAUUUCCCUACUAUGAAUCAAAUUAAACACAAGUGUCUUAAUUUUUUUUUAUUUGCAAUUAAGUUCAUGUACCUCUAACAACAAUAGCUGUAUUCGAAGAAGGUACUUUUCUGUGUAGUGGUGGUAGCCUGUCUUAAUUGCAGUGAAGGUGAUUGUCACUUUUCUGUUCUUGCCCCCAAGAGGGGCAUACAGAUGUAGUAAGUGCAAUGGGCAGUGUUGGAAAGAUUCCAUCAGCUACAGUAAGCUUCUGUGAAAGCAUCUGACUUUUAUGUGCUGGCCAUUCACUUCCUGAAAGCGGUCCUGAGGGAGGCCAGUUCACAAUAUACUCUUCUUGCCCUGAGCAACAUAUUUAAUAACUGGAUAGGAACUGAUGGAUUUUGCAUAUGAAAGUAUUGUAACUUUCCUUUCUGUGGGAAACAUUUUGUGUACUUUCUAUUUUUUCUUCCACACUACAUAUCAAAAUAAAGUUGUAUUGGGUUA